CCAGGACCCUGUCCGCGCAUGCGCUGGCGUACUUCCACGCCCUCAACGCCUCGUCGGCCAGGCGGCCCGUGCUGGUGCCGCCGGGAGACCUGCGGGGGCCCGCCUCGCAGGUGUCGAAGCCCGCCGGCCGCCACCUCAGCCUCCUGGAGAUGGGCAGCGCGGCCUCCAGGGCGGGCGAGGACUUCCAGCCCUCGGAGGAGUUUCAGGCCAGGGCAGAUGCCGGGCAGGGCGGGGGCGCCGAGCUGCCCUGGGGCGUCGGCACUCCGCGGGGCGGCGACAACUGGGUCGUCCACGAGUACUCGGCCAUGCACAUGCUCGACGUCCCCCACUGGGUCGAGUACAGUCUGGAGACCGGGGACAACAUCCAGACCUUCAGCAGCGCCUGGCAGGACGUCAAGCUCAUCACGCAGGUGCUCGAGAACGUCACCAACGGCUUCUACCUGGACACCCACGGCGGGGACGGCGAGACGAACAGUUACACUCUCCUCCUGGAGAUCACUGGCUGGCGCGGCCUCAUACUCGAGCCUCAAAUUUACGAGUUCGCAACGCUUUGGGGCAAGAUGCGAAAGGCAUGGCUGUUCCUCGGAUGCCUAUCUCCGACUGGGAACGCCACGAAGCUAGGUUUUGACACCGAUGGCGUACUUGACAUGUUGAGCGGUCACCAGAUCCACGCCUAUAAUUUGCCCACCUUCUUGGAAGAGAUGGGUGGCCGCAAGACUAUUGACUUCUGGGCCGUGCACAACGGCCAUUACGAGGCAGAGGUCCUGAAUGAAACCUUCUUUGGCACAGGCAAGAACAUCGAAUUCGGAGUCGUCCUGGUCCGCUUCAAUGGACGUAACGCUGGCCGUGGCUCUCAGUGGUUCGUUCAGCACAGAACCAAGGACGAGACCGAGGAGCUCGUCUUUGAGAUCAUGCACAACGCCAGCUUCAACUACAUCGGUGGCCUUGACGCAUUUUGGAUCAACUACGUCGAGCCGCGCUUCCAUUACAAUGACCAUGUGUGGGUGAACCCCGCGUACUUCGAGAGGCGCGGUAUUCCAAUUCCGACGUGGUGCAAGUCGGCGCCCCCCCCUGCGCUGGAGUACCCCCGUCAAGGCCACCUCAACGUACCUGGACUGGACAACCUUGCCAAGUGGACGGGCUCGGGAAGUUCACCUGGUCCGCACGUCUAUGGACAGGCGACCGACAAGACGGCUGGGGGUAUCCCCCAUGGGUACGGGAGCCCAGGGAUCCCCUAUGGGCCGUCCUCGCGUAACCCCUUUGGCAUCGACCAUCAGGAGUACGACGACCCGGCAUACAUGUCCUUAGGGUCCAGCAACCCGUCGCACCCAGGACCACAGGGAGGAGGCGGCACCUGGGACCCCCGCUGGAACUGGGACGCGGGCUACACCUACGACGAGGAGACGGACAAGAUGAUCGCCUACAUAGCGAAGGCGAAGGCCGACGCCGCGUUCAGAGAGGAGCCGGCAAAGGCGCACCGCGUCCAGUACAACCGGUUGCUGUCAGUGAAGGGCCGAUAGGGUACCGGGCAAUUGGCCCCCUUGCUCUGAUGUUUCAAUUUUUAUCGAGCGGACGGCAGCAGGGGGGCAAUAAGCGUGGGGGGGUCGAAGCUUUCAGAGAAGACCAGCACGUGCCCAAGCAAGUGCGCGCAGGGUGCACGCUCUUCACCCCACGUUUACCGCCCUCCCCCUCAGCGGACGCACACCCUGCAUUGUCCUGGUUGGCGGCAGACCUGGCUGCCCCGUGCAUCGUUCACCUGGGCCGGCCUACUCUCUUAUCUCCCCCCCAUCGCUAGGGUGCAAUUCCUAGGAGGUUCAUUUCUGUAUCGCAGUAGGAAGUGAUGGGUCGGAUGUCAGGUGCAGCGCGAGCGCACCUAGUUUACCUUUGUCCC